AUGGAGUCCUCCCGCCCCUCAGAGACCACCACCCCUUUCGACUAUGACCUUAAGAGUGCUCUGUGUGAGAACACGACUUUCCUCUUUGCCACCUUGACCACCACCAUCCUGUACUGCCUGGUGUUCCUCCUCAGCCUGGUGGGCAACAGCCUGGUGCUGUGGGUGCUGAUCAAGUACGAGAGCCUGGAGUCGCUGACCAACGUCUUCAUCCUCAACCUGUGUCUGUCUGACCUGGCAUUCUCCUCCUUGCUGCCCGUGUGGAUCGCGGGCUACUGGGGCUGGGCGCUGGAGGACUUCCCCUGCCAGCUCCUCAGUAUGGUCUUCUCCACCAGCCUCUACAGCAGCAUCUUCUUUCUGACCAUCAUGACGGUCCACCGCUACCUGUCCGUGGUGAGCCCGCUCUCCACGCUGCGCGUCCCCUCCCUCCGCUGCCGCGUGCUGGUGACCGUGUCUGUGUGGGUGACCAGCACCCUGUUCUCGGUGCUAGACGCCGUGUCCCACCAGGUGUGGCCUUGGGGCUGUGACUAUUCGGAACCCAAAUGGUUCCUGGCCUCGGUCUACCAGCACAACAUCUUCUUCCUGCUGUCGGUGGGCAUCAUCGUGUUCUGCUACGUGCAGAUUCUCAGGACCCUGUUCCGCUCGCGCUCCAGGCGGCGCCACCGCACGGUGCGGCUCAUCUUCACCAUCGUGGCGGCCUACUUCCUCAGCUGGGCGCCCUACAACCUCCUCCUGUUCCUGCAGACGCUGCAGCGCCUUGAGGUCAUCUGGAGCUGCCAGACCAUCCUGCAGCUGGAGUACGCCGUGCACAUCUGCCGCAAC